CCCCGCCCACGGGGCAGCCCCCUCUGUCCCAGCCACAGCGAGCGGGCCGAGCCAGCGCUGCUCCGGCAGCGGCUCCUGCCGAGGCAGCGGCGGCAAGGAGACCGCGGGCAGCCGCUCCCGCAGCGCCCUCAGCCCAGGGCCAACACGGGCCGGCCACGGCACAACCCACCCGCGCGAGCCCCCUGCCGCCCCCGAGGCCCGCAGCCAGCCCCGAGCCCCCGCACAACCCAGCGCGGCUCCCACCUGCGCCGGGGCCGCCUCCGAGCUCCGCCGCCGCCUCACCGGGCUCCGCCCGCUGCCGCCGCUCCCGGGCCCGCACACAAGCUCCGCCAAUGCCGCCGCCAAUGGCGCCACCGCCGCCCUCAGCCCGCCGACGGGGCCCGCCUCCGCCCCGCUCUCACCAAUCAGCGCGCCACAACCACGACUGACGGCACCAGCGCCCAAUCGCAGCCAGGCCCGGGCUCUGCAGGCGGCACAGCCUCGGCCCGCGCUCUCGGCGCCCCCCGGGCUGGCUGAGGGCAGAGCCGGAGCUGAGGAACAGCCCUGGAACGGGCCCGGGCCCGAGGCG